GAAAAAGAUUGCCAAGUCCAGAUCAACAUAUUUAGAGAAAAUUGGAAAAGGAGAAGCUUACGACAGCUUUAUUUGAGGAUUUUUUAAAGGAAGCAGAGUCCUAGCUGCAAGCUUCACAUCUUGGAGCAAGAACAAGAAACAUUGCCAGAGCAAACAAGAACAGAAGUACAAAUGGAAGACUGGUCAAAAGAUGGAGCCAAUGGUUCUGUUGAACAAUGCGUAACAGAGGGAAAUAAAAGUACAGAGCCUGAUAUACAGCAGAAUAUACAUUCUACAGCAAGCAUGCAGCAGAAAUUCAUGGAAUUAGUCAAUGAAACAAAAUAUGGAGGAACAGAAUUGCCGGAACAAUUGUCUCAUCCUGGUGAUGAGACAGAUUACCACACUACUGAGAAUUCCAGCAUAAUGAAUCAUAGAAAUAAAGAUAUGCAUUAUGAGUAUAUGAUUCCUUCUCAUGUUGCUUCAGACUUACAUACAGAGAAGACAGUAUCAUUUCUUAUGAAAGAAUUGGACAUUCUCAGAGCAAGCAAUAAAAAGCUCCAAGAAAAAUUAACUAAUGAAGAUAAAGAAAAAAGAAUAAUAAAACUUAAGUUGGAACUCCAAGAAAAAGCAACAGAAGCUCAAAUUGCUGAAAAGGCAGCAGCUCUGGUUGAAGAAGUCUAUUUUGCCCAGAGGGAACGUGAUGAAGCUAUUCUUUCUCGACUACAGUUAGCUAAUGAAGAGCGAGAUGAAGCAAUUGCACGAGCAAACCAUAUGGAAAUGUCUCUAAAAGUGCUAGAAAAUAUUAACCCUGAAGAAAAUGACAUGACAUUACAGGAAUUACUGAACAGAAUAAACAAUGCCGACACAGGGAUAGCUAUUCAGAAGAAUGGAGCUAUAAUUGUGGAUAGAAUCUACAAGACCAAGGAAUGUAAAAAGAGAAUAACUGCAGAAGAAAUGAAUGCAGUGAUAGAAGAACGGGAUGCUGCUUUGUCUCAGUGCAAACGGCUAGAGCAGGAGCUUCAUCAUCUGAAAGAGCAGAACCAGACUUCAGCAAACAACAUGAGACAUCUGACUGCUGAAAACAAUCAAGAACGUGCUCUGAAGGCAAAGUUGUUAGCUAUGCAACAAGCCAAGGAAACUGCAGUUCAACAGUACAAAAAGCUGGAAGAAGAAAUCCAGACACUUCGAGUUUAUUACAGUUUACACAAAUCUUUAUCACAAGAAGAAAAUCUAAAGGAUCAAUUCAACCAUACCCUUAGCACCUAUGAAAAAGCCUUAAAAAAUAGAGAGAACAUUGUUUGUAUCACCCAACAACAAAAUGAAGAACUGGCCACUCAAUUGCAGCAAGCUCUGGCAGAUCGAGCAAACAUGGAAUCAGAGCUUCAGAACGCUGUCGAGUCCUCUCGGGCAGCCAAUGAGAAAGUUCAGAAGCUGGAAAGGCUGGUGGACGUCCUAAGGAAGAAGGUUGGAACCGGGACCAUGAGGACAGUGAUCUGACUGAAAAACGACAGUCUGGGGAAGCGAUCACAUCUGGUGACCAGGCUGCUUCAUUCAACACUGUGUAAACACUAAAGCCUUAACUUAGCAAACAGUUGUUAGAAGUGGGACACUCCAACCACAUUCCAAGCUGAGAUAAAAUCAAAUCACAAAUGUUUAACUACUUUGCUGCUGACUUGAGUUAUUUAUCCAAAUGUAUUAACCACAGGCUUUUACCAAUUGGGGAGCUAGGAGGUUGCAACAUAUUUUGUAACUUUUAUAUCACGAUGUGUUUAAUUUAAUGUUUUUCUGAAAGAUCAUUGCAAAAAGAUGAUAUAAAGUUUCUUAAGAUCAUAUAUUCACACAUGGCCCUUUCUGAAUCAAAAUGCAGUAAAGUAAAUAUUGUCUAAGCCUUAAUCCACUGUUUUAGGUCAAAACUUCAAAAACCCGCAUUUUUCAAGAUAGUGCCUAUUAUUUAACUAAUAAAAGAGAUCAUACAUAAUAGUUUUCCUCCUACAUGCAUGCAUAUAAACUUUGUUAAUAUUAAUGAUAUUAAGGAUAGCAGCUAAGAAUUAAAUAUAAUUACAAUAGUUUUAGUUCAUUAAAUGACAUAA